UUUAAGGUGGCACCACCGGAGAGUGCGGGCAAAUAUCACAGCAAGUAUGAAUGAAAACAUAAACGCGAGACGUGCGGUUUCGUGAUGACGUCAUCUGCAUGUUAGUCGAUUUUAUUGGUCGUCUAUUACACACGUUAUAUUUAUUAUAGGUGACGGAUCUGAUGUAGCAUGAAGCUGUUUAGUUGAUGUUAGUUGAUGACUAUUCUUUGUUCAUGGGUUCAGCAGUUUACAUGCAGUACUUUGAAACCACCUUCAUCUAUUGUUAAUCCUUUGUGUGUAUAUAAGAGCUUUAUUUCUAGCUCAAAUGUGAAAUCUGCUCCAAAUACUAACUUUAUAGAUCAAACUAGUAACUGCUGCCAAAGGACGAUACGAGUACAAGAGCAAAAUGUCUGCAUUUUGCACAAAGCUUCUUUCCCAAAGUCUGAGAUGUAGCAUUCACAGAGUCUCAGCGUCUGUGCGAUUCGUCCCAUACAGAAUCUCCUUUGUCAAGAAGAGCCAUCAUGUUCUUUCUCGUAUACCGAAAGUGGGAUUGUUAUGUUGGGGGGCAGGUGGAAUGGCGUACGCUUCAGCACAAGAGGCAGUGAUCCCUCAGAGAACUACAGAGAAAAAGUCUGUUGCUAAAGUGCAGGUCCACAGACUGAUAUUUGUGUUGAGGCUGGGCAUCCGUGCCUUGGUCCUCCUGCUGAAAUUUAGCCCUCUUUUGCUGCUCUACCCACUUAGUCUGCUCUCCCAACACUGGACCACAUGCUGGAUAGACGCCCUGCUCUGGGUCACUGAGACGUCUGGUCCAACGUUUAUCAAACUUGGCCAGUGGGCCAGCACGCGGCGAGACAUCUUCUCCCAGGAGUUCUGCGACCGCUUUUCCCGGCUCCACGUCAGGGUGCAUCCUCAUUCAUGGAAUCACACUAAGCAGUGUCUGAAGCGGGCCUUCGGGGAAGGAUGGAGGCAGCUCUUUGUCUUUGAUAGUAAGGAGCCUGUUGGCUCAGGAUGUGUGGCGCAGGUGUAUCGAGCCAAAGCUCGAGUCGCAAGUGUGAAAGACCCAGCGUUCAAGCAGCUGGUAGAGGGACUUGAAAAGGAGGACCUGCUGGAAGCCUGGGAGGUUCCAGGCUUUGGAGACAUUUUGGGAUAUUUCUGGGGGUCCGAAAAACCAGAUGUGGAGAUGUCCGAGAACGCAAACGGAGGUUCUGCUGAGGUUCCACAUGCAGAGGUUAAGGGGCUAAUACCAGUGGCAAUUAAGGUGCUUCAUCCUGGCAUCAGGAGACAGGUUCAGAUAGACCUGAUUCUAAUGAAGGUAGGCAGCGUGCUCAUCAGCUGUUUACCAGGCAUCAAGUGGCUCAGUCUACCCGAAGUCGUUGAUGAAUUUGAGAAGCUCAUGACUAAGCAGAUAGACCUUCGUUUUGAAGCAAGGAACAUGGAGAAGUUCAAGAACAACUUCAAGGACUCGGAAUAUGUCAAGUUUUCCACACCACUGAGACCUUUUGUCACAAGGACUGUCCUGGUUGAAACGUAUGAGGAGAGUGAACCCAUUUCAAACUACCUUAGAUCUGAGGUUUCUGUGGAUGUGAAGCAGAGAAUUGCCCGUAUGGGGGUGGACACUCUGCUGAAAAUGGUGUUUGUGGAUAACUUUGUCCACGGAGACCUCCAUCCAGGGAACAUCCUGGUUCAGGCGGAUCAGGGAGUCUCGGCCCAGGACAAAGCCACACUGACGGAUCUGUGGGACACGGUGGUGGUCAGCAUGAGACCUUCACCUCCUCCGUUACAGUUGGUGCUGCUGGACACUGGAAUUGUGGCCCAGCUGAGCGAGGGAGAUCUGCGUAACCUGAGAGCUGUCUUCACAGCCGUCGUGCUGAAGCAGGGGGAGCGUGUAGCAGAGCUCAUUCUAAACCAUGCCAGAGCAAAUGAGUGCCAGGAUGUGCCACGUUUCAAAAAGGAAAUGGCUGAGCUGGUGAACCUCGCUGUCAGUGACACACUGUCUCUCGGGAAGAUUCAGGUGUCGGAACUGUUGUCACGAGUAUUCGGAUUGCUAAUCCACCACAAGGUGAAGCUAGAGAGCAACUUCGCCUCCAUUGUGUUUGCCAUCAUGGUGCUGGAAGGCUUGGGCAGGUCACUGGACCCAAACUUGGAUCUGCUGGAGAUCGCUAAACCUCUGCUGUUGAAGAACACCACCUCUUUUCUUUCCUGAGCCCCAUAUCCACAACGCCGGUCCAAUGUAGCUUCUAGUAAACAAUCUGCCCGUGGCCUUUUAUAAAGAUCAGACUCUGAACUGAA